UAGUAACAUUUCCCUUAGAUGUAGGAUGGGACUCGGCAGAUUUAAGUUGCAGGCUAGACACUUAUUAUUGGCUAAGGCUAUAGGCGUUCGCCUGAUGUUCCUUUUGCAUUGCCUUCUAGCCAUAUCUAGGGUAUCUACGAUUCUAAAUGAACCAAAAUUUUGGAUUUAUUCCUUAGGAUUUUUACCUGCGAUCCUAGAGGGUAUCCAUGCUGCAUACAUCAGAAAAGGCAUGGAGCACAAGUGGGUCUCUCUUGGCACGCUCCUGUUCAUUUGUCUGGAUAUCGUCCCUAUCUGGAUUAUGGAGCUGGAUCGGGCAGACAGAAGAUCCAGAACCAGCAGCGAUAGAACUACAACAAAGACCUCGGCAAACGGGACAAGUACGACAACAACGAAUACGACGAAUACAACGACGACAGCGACGACAAUGACACCCACAACAGUGGUCACCGUCAGAACACAGGCUUUUUAUGACGACUUCUUAAACUUGGAUAAUGACGUCUUCGUCUUCGCCAUCGAGCAGAGCUUCCUACUCGUCAUGAUCAUCGGAAGAUGGACGCUUCCGAAAGGUCAAAUGUCACGUGACAAGCUGUCCAACUUGCUGCUGGUAUUGAUUGGUAAAGCUUGUGACAUGACGGACUUUUUCACGUUGUUCUCACAUAAAGCUGUGGUCGAGGACAGAAGUUUUACGUUUGUGGUCCUAGUAGUGUGGAGUAUUAGUGUUUUCCAGUUCCCAAUCUCCUUUACGGAAUACAGGGACGAGAAUUUCGUCAUUAGUAUUCACCGGGACAAACGCUACAUGCAAGUUAUAGUGAAAACACUGAAUGUAUGCCUCAAAACAGAAAUCUGGAGCAUUUUAGCCUCAAUCAUGAUGCAAGAGUUGCCGUUCUUGGUGUGCCGUUCAUAUGCUGUUGGAGCUUUGGGAAUUGUUGAUGACUCAAUUAUAUUUUUUCUUUUCAAGAACUCGAUGAUAAUAAUGAUGUACAUGUAUCGACUGGUGUCUUUGUGCUUGGAGACUAAUCCUUCUGAAGAAGUGAAAGCUGUAUUUAUGGAUAUAGACACCGUGACCCUGGAUGAGGCAGAGAGCGAGAAGGAUACACUUUGUCAAACGUCAGAAAAACAGACAGUCGUCACCUUAACAGAUUUAAAUGAAGACAAGGAAUUAAGAAACUUUAAUCUAAAACAAAAGAAACUAAAAGAAAUUAAUUUUAAACAGAAAUCAAAAGUUCCGAACAACAAAUCAGACACCUACAAACAGACAAAAAAGAGGUCCAAAGUCAGUCCAGAAAAAAACGAGACCUUCAAUAAGCCAAGGCAUCAAUUCAGAAGGAGAAGCUCACUUUAAAACUUAAGGUUCAAACAUAAAACACCUGGAGAGACUUCAGCUCACCCUCACUACGCUAGUCCUGAGUCUACCCGUGGGUAUGAAAUCUACGGUCACUGGUGGACUCGGGUAUUUGAUGAAUGGAUGACACAUAGCGUAGGAGGGUCGUGAAAAAUAAUAAUCUAAAAAUAAGAAAAGUACGUAAUACAUAAUCUUAAUAGUUUCAACCCCUCAAGGCAUUGCCUUUUACCUUAUACUCACGCCUUAUGUCUUUGUAUCCAUGAACAGAAAACAUCAGCAUACUCAUCUUUAGGGAUGUCCCUAAGACACUGAUGAAUAUCAUUUUCCAUGACAAUGACUUUGUACAAUUUUCCUUUGAUUGUUUUCAUGUGUUUUGUGAAUAAAAACGAUUUCACAAUGCCUGAGUUCUACUCCUCACUAAGAUAUUAGUAUCACUUAGUGAAAGAGAAACUUCAAGAGUACUGUUCAACAACAUAUUCAAGAAUUGCUGUAAAUCAGAUAUGGAUACUUAAAUAUUCCAAGGAAGUUUUGGAAAAUUUGAAAUCACAAGAUUUUACCAAAAUCAACAGCUUAAAAACUUAUGACUUUUCAACGUUAUGCACAACCAU